CAGUGCGAGCGUUGAACUCGAUCAGAACGGGCGAUUCGUUUACUGGAAGCCCCCGAGCCAAAAACAACUGAAAAAACCGACCAACUGUCGCGGCCCUAAUUCCUCGUAAUUCCCGAAGGUAGUUAGAAGCAAAGCGCCAGCUGCCCGGCGAAGAGGGUCGUCGAGUUCGAGCAGAAGUUGUUGGCGGUGGCGGCUGGUGGCGAUGUCAAUUGAGAUUAAACUUUCCCGAUCAAAUCGCAUCUACCGGCCCAAUGAAUCUCUGGAAGGCAAAAUCAUAGCAAACCUGUCAUCUUCCAUCUCCCACCAAGGAAUUCGCCUCACUAUCAAUGGCUCUGUCAACUUGCAGGUUCGUGGAGGAACAGCUGGGGUGAUUGAGUCCUUCUACGGUGUCGUCAAGCCUAUCCCCAUUGUGAAUAGGACUAUUACAGUCCAGCCUUCUGGAAGGAUUGCUUCAGGUGUCACAGAGAUACCAUUUUCUGUGAUCCUGAAAGAAAGAGGAAAAGACGAUAUGGAGAAAUUUUAUGAAACUUUUCAUGGAACCGAUAUUAGUAUUCAGUAUCUGGUAACUGCAGAAGUUGCAAGAGGGUACCUUCAUAAAUCUUUGUCCACUGCAGUGGAAUUCAUAAUUGAAAGUGAAAAAGACAGUCUUCCACAGGAGCCUAUAUCUCCUGAAAUGGUGUUCUUUUACAUCACUCAGGACACUCAAAAACACCCUUUACUUCCUGAGCUGAAAUCAGGUGGUUUCAGGAUAAGUGGCAAAGUAUGUUCUCAGUGUUCGGUCUUAGAUCCACUUAUUGGUGAGUUAACAGUUGAAGCAUCUGGAAUCCCUAUUCAAUCAAUUGACAUCCACUUAUUUCGCGUGGAGUCAAUUUUGAUUGGCGACAAAAUAGCAACUGAAACCACUUCUAUUCAGACAACACAGAUAGCAGAUGGAGAUGUCUGUCGUGGCUUGACCUUACCCAUAUAUGUCAUUCUUCCACGCCUUUUGACUUGUCCAACAAUUUUCGCAGGAUGGCUAUGGAAAGUGUGCCUCUGGAACUGGUGCGCAAAAAGUAAGAUGAUUGGAGUAUGUCAAUAUGUUCUUGCAACAACUUGGAAGAGAAGAAUAUCUCCAACUCGAGCUGUCAAUUGGUUCAAAAAGUUUGUUCAUGUAACUACUUUUUGACCUAGUUGAAAUGACCCAUAUUCAUUGAUUAGGAUCUCUGAGAUGCCAGAUCUACGACCAUGUAGCAAGAGCACAGUACAAUGGCCGGAAAGUCUUCAAAUAUGAUGCUUUAUCUCUUUCAGUUCCUGUUCAGCUGUUUCUGGAAGAUUUGUAAAUAUGUAUUAUAGAAUCAGCUUCUUGUAUUGCUGUUAGCUAUCGGGGUACAGUUUAUAACGAGUUUUUAGUUGGAAUUCCAAAUUUAACUUAUGUACUAGAGUCUUGGAUAUUAAUAAACUUAAAACCUUUUUAUCUUUCA